UCAGUCCAGGGAAAGUUACAUUUCUUGGUCAUCCAACAGCAAAGAGGGAGCAAAGAAAAAUCCUAGUCCAGCAUUUGUACUGAACAAAAACAUCUAAAUCUUAAUCCAGUCCGACCGAAGCUGAAAAGCAUCGCUCCAUUAGAGAGACUUCAUCUCCCCUCACUAUUUUACUUGGCCACCGGGUUUGAACUUAAGACAUCUCCACAGCAAGGCUGCGCUGAUUGAGGAUAUCCGUUAGAGGCUGAAGGGUUUAUUCGCACGCACUGUUGAUUACUGUUGGCCGAUGAGCGUGAGAGAACGGACCUAAGGCCUCCACAGAAACUUGUAUGCAUCCAGCACUGCGACUUUUGGUGGACGUUUGGAAAACUUGCUUAUAGUCGAAAAUAUCCACCGCAUGGGGAGCCUACACUUUUACUCAUUUCCAAAACCUUUGGAUUAUGUUUUUAAGUGCCUCUUUAAAUUGAAUUUCUAUUUAUUAACUAAGAUAAUCUAAACAUUUGACAAUCAGAAUGCUGAAACCUAAAGCUGUUUGUGUAGCCGUUUGGGUAGCAUGUGGAAUCUUGAGUGUGGUUUUGACGAGUGCCCAGCAAUGUAGCAUCAACGUUACAGAAGCCAUAUCUACAGCAGAAUCUAUAGAAUUUACACUGGAGAACUCAGAUGUGGAUUGCCAAUUCAGUGUGGCCAUAAUGGACAGGCCUGAUACAAACUGUGAAAAUGAUCAGGAAAAUAGAACAGCAGCUCAAUGCAAAAUUGGAAAUUUGAAUCCUGGAACUAGGUACCACCUGACUGUGAUAUCAAAAACAGAUGGAAGACAACGGAACAUAUCCCUACCAACAAGACCUUCUGCUGUACAUGAAGUUUUGGUGUCUAGAGAUGUGGAUGCCUUGACUGUUUCCUGGCAGCCUGGCCCAGGCAGAACAGAGCAGUUUCGAAUUCUGCUCAGAGACAGCAUGGGCCUUAGCUCCACCUGGAACACCACAUUAGCCAAAAUCAACACCUCCUACACAAUGAAUGGCCUAAUUCCUGGGCGUCUCUACAACAUCACCAUCGUCGCAGUGGCAGAAGGGUUACUGAAUUCUACAGAUAUACAAGCACAAACAGUACCCAAACCAGUCUCAAAUCUACGAGUUGACAGCAAUGGGAGCCAGACCAGCCUCAAAGUCUCUUGGGAUCAAUCUCCUGGUGAUGUGGAGAAUUAUCUGGUCCAGCUUCUGGCUCCUGAGUCAGUACCACAGGUGAAAACUCUGUCUCCAAACAGCACAGAAGCUCUGUUUGACCACCUGAGUCCUGGCCACACCUACCAGAUCUUUGUCUACACCAGGAGCGCUAAUCUAACCAAAUACAUCAAUGUGAUGGGCAGCACUACUCCAAGCAAGGUUUCCCAGGUAAAGGUGGAGAAUCUUGCAGCGAAUGGCUUGUGGAAGAUUAGCUGGAUGCCCCCUGAUGGACAGUGGGAGCAGUACCGCAUUUUACUCUUCAAUGGCAGCGAAAUACUGGUCAAUGAAACUGUGGGCAAAUCAGAGAAGGAAUUCAGCUUCUCUCUGCAGCCUGGCAGAGCGUACAAAGCAGCAGUGAUUGUGGAGAGCGGUGGCCAGACCAGUACCGUCUACUGUCAAGGAACAGCCACACCUCCUGUUUCGCAGCUCCAUAUCCGUCAUGCAGAUGAGACUUCUCUCAGUGCUCUGUGGAACCACAGCCCUGUUUCAUCAUCCUGGAGUAGCUACACUGUGAAGCUUUACUAUGGCAACAGCUCCACUCAGACUCGCAUAUUAGACCGUGGUAUGAGAGAAUGCACCUUUAACGUGCUCACGCCUGGACGCCUAUACAGCAUUGUAGUGACAACCACCAGUGGAAGCUUCAACAGCUAUGCCACAGUAACAGGAAGGACGUUGCCACAGGCAGUGACAUCCCUGAAGCUAAGCAACAUGGGAACUGUAGACUCUCUCAAUGCCAGCUGGGACAGGCCUUCAGGAGAUUUGGACUCUUAUCAAGUUUUACUCCUGCACAACAAAGAGGCUGUCCACAACAUGAGCAUUCCAGCCAACACCACGUCUGUCCACCUGCCCUCUCUUACAGCAGGAGCCCUCUACAGGCUGCUAGUAACCACUGUCAGUGACGAACAAGUCUCCAAGCAGGCCGAGGUGGAAUGCCGGACAGUGCCUGCGGCUGUUGCUGAGGUAAGGGUCAGCAAUAAUGGACGCCCAGACUUCCUUAAUGUCUCAUGGAAAGCUGCGGCAGGAGAUGUGGACAGUUACCAGGUCAUCCUGAAAUACCGUGAGCGCAUUGUGCACAAGCUCACCAUGACCAACUUUAGCUCUGAGUUCAGCAGCCUGGUGCCUGGUGGACUCUACGCCAUCUCCAUCAGCGCCGAAAGUGGGAGUUACAAAAAUGUCACUGUGGUGCAGGCAAGAACCCAGCCAUCUGCAGUGCUUAAUCCCACCGCCAUCCACUUAGCCCAAGAAAACGUUCUGAAAGUGUCCUGGACCCAUGCAACUGGGGAUUAUGAUCAUUACAAUGUGGCAAUCCUACACAACAACACCCUCCUCCAGAACCAGACGGUGGACAGGAGCCGAAACGAGUGUGUCUUCAGUGAUCUGGUGCCCGGUCGUCUCUACACAGUGACUGUCAGUACCUGGAGUGGUCAAUCUGAGGCCAAGGUAUCCACUGAUGGACGAACGUUCCCUGCUGCAGUGCGUGCACUGGCCCUGGCCCAGAGUGGCACCACGGACUUGCGCGUGAGUUGGGAGGCGGCAGCAGGUGACGUGGAUCAAUAUGAGGUCCAGAUCCUCUGCAACGACACUGCAGUUUUUUCGGCAGAAAAGCUCAACAGCUCUGCACGACAGCAUCUCUUCUCCCCACUCAAACCAGGCUACCUCUACAAGAUAGUGGUGUCCACCUUCAGCGGAUCAUACGUACGGCCCCAGUUCUUAGAGGGCCAGACUGUACCCAGCCAGGUUGAGAAGCUCCAGCUCAUUCCUGGAAAUCUUAGGGGCAGUCUGAGGGCCACCUGGAUCCCCGGAGCCGGAGAUGUGGACUUCUAUGAAGUGUAUUUGUCCAGCAACACAGAUGUCAAGGAUGCCCGUCGCAUCCCUAAGCAGGAAAAUAAGCUGGAUUUUGAAAAUCUUAUCCCUGGUCAGCUGUACACUGUCACUGUACGAGCAGUGAGUGGAGAGCUGACCAACAACAGCACAGCCAGUGGGCGAACAGUUCCUUCCACGGUAAAUGCCCUUCGGGCAGAUAUUGAGCCCACCACCCACAGCCUGACAGCUACCUGGGAGGCAGCAGAGAAUGUGUAUGAUGGAUACGAUCUGCAGCUACAGAACGAGGACAGGGCUGUGGUGUAUAACAUCACUCUUCCUGCGGGGGUCACGCGUCACCUGUUCAAAGACCUGACCCCAGGAAAGUUCUACUACAUCCACCUCAAAACCUUCAGCAACUCUACUUACAGCGAGGAGGUCACAACACGUGGUCAGACACGUCCAGCUGCGGUGAAAGGCCUGCGCUUGCUUUCCAACAGCACAGAAGAGCUGGCUUUCCGCUGGAAUGCUUCUGAAGGGUGGGUGGACCACUAUGACCUCUACCUGUACAACCAGGAGAACGUGCUCCAGGACCAUAAGAGUGUGGGAGCAGACAAGCAAAGCUGCAGCUUCUCUCAACUGCUGCCUGGGACCCCCUACAAGCUAGUGGUGGUCAGCAAGAGCAAAGGAUGCAAGAGCAGUGACUCUACUCUAUGGGCACACACGGUCCCUGCCCCAGCUAGGGAUUUGCAGGUUGAUAAUGAGGGUCACACAGACAGCCUGUUGUUGAGGUGGACACAUGCUCUUGGGAGGCUGAGUGAAUAUGUGGUUUCUUUAGAGGGCUCAGAACAGCCGGACCAGAGGCUGGGGCCGGAGCACACUGAAGUAUUUUUCAAGGGCCUUCUGCCGGGCCACCUAUACACCGCUGUGGUGGUAACCCGCAGUGGAAAUCUGACCAACACUAUCACUCAAGUAGGCCGCACAGUUCCUGAGCCCCCAACAUCACUGUCUAUCAAAGAUGUGGGCCCUGGUGGCACUGUGGAGGUGAUGUGGCAUGCCCCAACCAACGGCAACUAUGAUGGCUUUGAAGUAAAGUGGUUGCCGCUGGAUGCGCUGCAGUUGUCUCACCUGAAUCCUACGCGCUGCGUCCUAGGAGGCCUUUAUCCUGGCCGACUUUACAAUAUCAGUUUGCGCACUGUCACCGGAGGGUCUCCCGGACCUGUGGCCAACAGCUCAUUUGUGUAUCACAUUAUCAGGACCGCUCCAGGACCAGUGCUGAACAUCCACUGUCACCCCUUGAGCUCCACCUCACUCUCGUGUUCCUGGAAACCUCCGGCUGCCGAUUUUGACACUUAUUUGGUGGAAUGCACGAGGCAAGGCUCAAAAGAGUCGGUCUACAAAUUCAUGGUGGGCCAGGACACUGUCCUCCACCAUUUUGACAAGCUGGAGCCUUUUAGGAACUACACUGUUUCGGUCACAGUGAUGUCUGGCAACAAGAGAAGCUCAGCAGCACAGGACAGCGCAGUCACCAUGAUUGACCGGCCUCCAGUGCCUCCCCCCCAGGUACGGGUUAGUGAGCGGGCCACUCACAUUACCCAGUCCACCAUCUUCUUCAAAUUCAACUGUAGCUGGUUCAGUGACAUCAAUGGGGCCAUCCGCUCCUUCACCAUUGUCGUUGAAGAAUCAGAUGACGUUGAGUCCCAGCUGCCAGAGCACAGGCAUCCUCUCCCCUCCUACCUGGACUACAAGCGCAACAGCACCAUCAGGGUCUACCAGACCGGCUACUUUCAGAGCCAGUGUGCAGAGGAGCUGAAUGGGAGGAAUGAGGUGUUUAAAAUCAACCUCGGAGCUGGUAUGGAGAAGCUGGGUGGAGUAUGCACACAAGACCUAGAGGCUGAACAACAUGAAAACUACUUUUGUGAUGGACCCCUGAAAUCCAGAACAGCCUACAGACUAAGCAUUCGAGCCUUCACCCAACUCUUUGAUGAUGAGAACAAGGAGGUCUCCCAUCCCCUCUUCAGUGACACCUACCUCUCCCUUCCUCUGCGCACACAAGCAGAGCUGCUUGGUGGGAUCGUAGAGGGCAUCAGCGCCGGCCUGUUUCUCAUCGGUAUGAUGAUCGCUAUCACCACCUUACUGAUCUACAGGCAGAGGGUCCGCAAAGUAGCGGUGCAGGAAAGCCCAGUGGUGAGGAUGAGUAUGUGGAAGGAGGUGCCAACUUCAGGGAUGUACAUGGGGGUCAGGAGUAACCGCCGCAUAUCCAGCCCCGUUAAAGUGGCCCACUUUGAGUCUCAUCUCGGCAAGCUUCAGGCUGACUCUAAUUACCUCUUCUCCGAGGAGUUUGAGGACCUGAAGGAUGUGGGCCGCAACCAGGCUCUGGAUGCUGCUCGUCUACCUGAGAAUCGCUGCAAGAAUCGAUACAACAAUAUACUGCCGUAUGACUCUACCCGGGUAAAACUCUCAUGCUUGGAGGACGACCCGUGCUCCGACUUCAUCAAUGCCAGCUACAUUCCAGGGAACAAUUUCAGGCGCGAGUACAUUGCCACACAGGGGCCGCUCCCAGGAACCAAAGAUGAUUUCUGGCGAAUGGUGUGGGAACAGAACGUGCACAACAUCGUCAUGGUGACGCAGUGUGUUGAGAAGGGAAGGGUAAAGUGUGAUCAGUACUGGCCUAUGGACAAGGAGCCGCUGUACUAUGGUGACCUCGUGGUGCACAUGCUGUCCGAAUCAGUCUUGUCAGAGUGGACUAUCCGCGAAUUCAAGAUAAGCUGUGAAGGCCAGCUGAGCUACCCCAGGAUAGUGCGUCACUUCCAUUACACGGUGUGGCCGGACCAUGGUGUGCCCGAAACAACGCAGUCUCUCGUUCAGUUUGUGAGGACAGUCCGAGAUUACAUCGACAGGGCACCAAGCUCAGGUCCAACUGUGGUCCACUGCAGUGCUGGAGUGGGGCGUACAGGCACCUUCAUCGUUCUGGACCGUGCUCUGCAGCAGCUAGAUAGCCAUGGCACUAUUGAUAUUUACGGCUGUGUGUUUGACCUCCGACUACACCGCUCGCACAUGGUGCAAACUGAGAGCCAGUAUAUGUACAUCCAUCAGUGUGUGCGUGAUGUCCUGAGGGCCAGGAAGCUUCGCUGUGAACAGGAGAAUCCACUUUAUCACAUCUAUGAGAACUUCAACCCUGACUACUAUAAAGAUUUUGUGUACACUGGACGUUGAGAACUGCAAGCCUCCCGACAAAUCACAAGAGAAGAAAAAUACCUGUUUCUCGGCAGUAUCUUCAAGGGAUAGCAUUUAUUUUUAUACAACCUCCUCACGACAUAUUUAAAAUGUUAAAGUUUGCUGUAGAUGAAUAUUUAUGUUUGAUGUCUUUCUGUUUUCUGUUUUUGUCUAUCCUCUUAUCAGUAUUUGUUUAGUAUAGGAACUUAGUGAACCUUCUCUGUACAUCCUCUCCAUAUGAUUAUCAUGUUAAUGGUAUAUUGUAAAGUUAAAUUGCCUUAAUGUUUUACUGAGCAACAUGUGAAACAAACACCCAUUACAAAGAGUUCUGUUUAAGUGAGCCUGAAACCUUUUGACUUAUAAAAAACAAAUUAAGUAAUGAAUUUCUAAGUACUGUAGCUCUACGAACCAUACAGAGUGUAGCAAUAAGAAAUACUGCUUAUUUGUUUUCAACAAAACAUUGAGACUGAGUACUUGUCUUAUAAAAAUGUUAUUGAUUUGGCACUCAGAUUUGUGAUAAUAAACAGACUAGGUUCAGCAUAAUACAGUACAAAUACAUUACAGUCAGCUUCUGCUGGGGCAAGGCUAUAUUUAACUGCUCUAAGAUCAGGCCCUAAACAACCCCUUUCAAUGCAUCUCAUUGAUCUGGUUUUUGCCAAGUCCCUUCUGCGAAUUUGCGUGGAAUUUUCCAGACAGGGUCUACACGUCCUCGCCCCGCCUCAAAAUGGUUAAAGGUUGAAGUCAGAGAGAUUAUGACGCUUGAAUCCAGAGAGCCAUCAAAUCUGCUGUGGAUUUACAGGGAACUGUCCCAAAGCUGCGCCUGUGGGGUUAUUCCAAUCAUGCUUUUUCCUUCCUGUACGUCCAUCUGUUAGGUUUUCUACAAGCUUUUCUCACACACACGGUAGCCAUUCAUAUACCAUUUCAUAUUCCAUUUAUUUCUGUAUUUCUUAAAAUAGAAGACUGGUUUGGAUGUAUGCCAUCACUUUUUAUUUGAAAUGGCACAUUUAUGAGAGGUUACACUACCAUCAGUCACAUAUACUUUAUCAGACAUACAGAACAUUUUGGAUCGCCAGAAGAAUGGCUGAUGACUUUCUUUUUUUAUUUUAGAUGGUCAAGAACUAUUUUGGCCAUGAAAGUCAUCUAAACAUUUUAAGUGUGCUGUAUUUUCUAAAUGUGUUACCUGAUCUGGGAAAAAAUAAAAUCUAUGGAAAAUAGUGUAUAGUUAUAGUGGUAUAGAGAUAUAGUGUCACUGUCAUUAGUAUUAAUCUAAGCAAGCAUUAACCCACUGAAUUUUAAAUGCUAUUAUGUUGCCACUACCUCACACAGUAGUAGUUUAGCAUUUAUUAGAACUAUUGUAUGCAAGCCUUAUAAUGGUUCACUAAAACGUGUCACUUUGUAUCAUUACAACUACUGAUUUUUGCUGAUUCGAUUAAAUGUCGAGUGUGAAUAAAAGUUAUAGUUUUUUAUUAAAAGCAUUCACAUGUAUUAACACUAAACUGCACAACUCAAAAUGGGGAUUCAGUGGUUGAAUUUUUCUAUACAGUUAAAUUUGCACUGAAUAACCACUAGGAUAGGCUCCAGCACACCCCAUGACCCAGAAGGAUAAGCGGCUAAGAUAAUGGCUGAGUUGAUUUUGUAUGCAUGUAUCUUUGAGUCAAGGUUUGUGAAAGCUUUCAGGGGUUAAAGAUAGUUGAAAGUUGUAGGCUUUUCUCAUCUUUUUCAUAUAUUACAUGAAGUAGGUUGAGUGAUAAUGAUGUUGUAUGGACAUGGAAUAUCUGGAAAUAUCUGAAAAGCAUAUCAUCUUAGUAUAAUUGUGUAUGAUUCAGUACCAUUAUGAUUCAUACUCUCUUUGUAAAUGUAAGUCACUUAAACGGUCUAACACUAAGAAUUGUGGUAUGCAGGUGGAAUAUUACUAGCUCUGAUGUUAAAAAUACUUGUAGCCUCUUGCAAAUUAUGUACGUGCAUCGUAAAAUGUAUUGAUAAGCUAUGUACUCUGCCAUAGGCAACAGUGCUUAUGAUACUGUAAGGAUGAUGUCUCCUGAUGCUAUUUUUUACUGUAGACACAGUGUUUAUGUAUUUCCUAUGCUGCUGUACUAGAUUUGCCAUAUUUUGUCAUGUUUGUAUAAUCCCAAAAUUAUACUUUCAUAUAAAAUCUAUCUAAAAAAACGAGCUUUCUGACCACUGACUUUGAUGAUGUUUCUUCCUUUCAAAUCAUAAUUUCAUGUAUGUUUAGCUUGAUUACUUUUUCAUUCUGAUGUAUGCUGACAUAAAAUUGCACCAUCCUAACUGAAUCCACAAAGCUUUCCUUGCAAAAAGUAUUUGUGGAGCAAUGGAAGAUAGAUCAGGGAACAGAGUGUUUAUUUGGCCUAUAAACUGCAUCUGGUUAUAAAUGUCACACAAUCUGAAUGUUUAAGAUGCCCUGCUUUUGAAUGUGACCCCAUUUAAUGAAUUAAAUGAAUGUUUCAUUUUGUCAGAAUGUAUGAGUUGAAUCAUAUCUAAUGCUUGCUUUUUCAUAAAAUAAAAAUGACUGCAGUCAGA